AUCAUAUCGCGGGGUUAAACACUUAAACAUCCCUUAUUUUCGCAGACCUUUCAAAUUUGAAACCCUAAAAUUUCCCCCAAUUCCGUGAUCGUUCUUUCAUGCUUCAUAACUCAGACCUCAAACCCUAAUUUACGUGGUGUGAUCUUCUCAUUGUUAAUCAUCAAACCUGGCAACAAUUAGAGGGUUCGGAGGAAAUUCUUGAUUCUUAGUUGAAGAUUGAGGUCUCCGUGCAACGGAAAUGGAAGUCAACGGAAAGUAUGACCUAAAAGUACCUUUAUUGGAAUCUCAGGGCACUAUGGGAGUUAACAUUUCUCAACCAAGUCCAAAUGGCAAUGAGGCGAUUAAAACGGCUACAUUCAAGACGGAAGGUAUUGAGUGUGGAUCGUGCACGACCUCCUGCAUAAAGGAAGCUGAAUGGAAUUAAGACUGUUCAUCAAUAUCUGGGAAAACUAUUGUCAAAUACAUGCCUGAAAUUAUCAAUAUCAUAACUAUAAGAGAGUCAUAGGAAAUGUUGGUUUUCAAGAAGGGUAUCCAGAUCAAGAAAAUAGCAGUAUGUCGACUGAAAAUUAUAUGAAAUUAGAAAUGCAUAAACCAGCUGAUCAGAAUCUGUAGUUCAUGCCCUUUUAGAGUUUUAAUAGCUGAAGGAGUAAAAAAGGUUGUUGUUUGCCUUUCUCUUGAGGAAGGCAAGUUACCCAAAUGUCACAAACCCUUAUCUGGAGGAAAAUGCUUGGCCCAAAGAAGAUCUUAUAAUCCCUGGGAACGAUGUAACAAACUCCAGUUGUUAAAGGUCCUAAAAGAGUAUGACAUUUUCGGUGAUUGUUAGUGCUAUGGUAUCCUGUAAUUUCUGCUAUCCGCAAAAUGUUGCAAACAGGUCAAUGGUGGUACUGUAAGUGAGAUUGGUUGCAUCAUAGUAAAUGGUACAGAUGUUGGAUCACAGACUGCCCUUCUUCAGAUGGUUCAAUUUGUGGAAGCUGUGUAGUUGGCUGACCAUAUCUCAAGGUUUUUUCUUCCACCUGUAAGUUUAUUUGUUUGCAUUACCAUAUAAUCAGUGUAUCAUGUUUUGUGUCCAAAUUUUGAAGUUGUUGAGUCAGGAAAAGACCUUAAUCAAUGAUUACAUAUAGCUGAAUAGAGGGAAUUAUCUAGGUCAUUUACAAGAAGCCAGGCUAGAUUUCGAAUGAAGGAAUUGUUAAGCAGAAGCUGUCUAGUAAGCCUUUAUGCCAGAAAAAACUCAACCCUGUCUUUGAAAAGAUUUACUACGCAUUUAAUUUACAGAACUUCACCAUGGCCUCCGCAAAUAGCACUGCAUCAUAGUCUGUUAUCACCUUUAACCCAAAAAAUAAAAUAAAUGAAAGUCUUUGAAAUCUUUGUUUAAGAUAAUGAGGUGUAAUAAUGUACAAGAAGUGCUAAAUUAUUUAUCUGUUUAGUUGCUGCAUAGUCUAGCUGGCCUGGUUGACUGUCAAUUAAAUGGGUUGAUCUAGUGAAAGGUUUUUGAUAGAGUAGCUGAAUAACCACUUGUACACUACUAAAGUACUAUGCAUAUGAACUGACAGCAGCUAUAUACGUACUACUAUACGUUUGAAGCCUUUUUUUGGCACCCAAAAAAUAUACCUUUCUUUUUGUUGUGGAUCGAACUCAUCAAAGCAACGAUCUACUCAAGCAUUAUUGUACUACGGGGUAUCAUAUAAUUUUUUUUCCAACUAAACAUUUUCGUUUGUAAUUAAUUGUUACAUUGAAAAAUCUGCAGUGACAACAUGCAUGAAAAGUCAAUGGGUGAAAUGAGGAAUAUAAUAAUGUAGUUCGUAUGUGAUGUCUGUUAUAAGUGUUAGCAUCUAGUCCUAUAGUAUUAGAUGUUGUAUAUAGUUAUAUACCCACAAGUGUGUAUCCCAAGUGGGCUACAAAGCCUACGAUGCUGCAUACUUCUUAUACUGUGAAUUAGUAUCAGGAAUUCAGGAUAGAACAUGACUUCUUUGGCUUUAUUUAUGGCAUUUAUCUCCAUUGUUAAAGAACUAAUUAAAGAUGCUUUUCACAUUUCCCGAGGAGUAAUUAACAAUGAAUUUAUCAAGUCAAGUCAACCAGAGAUGCUCUACGCAUUUCCUAAGGAGUAAUAACAUGAUCAUGAAUCAUUUAAGUCAAAAGAGCUAUAGCUGGCAUUAUUUUUAAUUAGAAUGUUCACAUGAACAUGAAGAACCAAUUAACUUUAAAAGUCAUUGUUUAAGGAGUACAAGUCUUAAUCUAGCACAAAUUGAAACAACCACACUCUAUUUUUUUUAGUAUAUACAGUAUACCAAGUUAGCUAGCUCAUUAACUCUCUAUCUUCAGUUUAAUAUCUGAACCUUGGUCCAUCCUUUUUCUGGAAAUAUGGAUCCAUUAAAAUUACACAGUAAGAGUGAUCCCGCUACUUCCCAUGAAAACCUCAACCAAGUUGUUUGUAGGUCAUCCCACAUCCAAAAUAGUUUUCCUCAUGUAGUAAACUUCGACGAGGAGGAUGAUUUUUCAACCAUGCCACCAAAAUUUGUUAGAAAGAAGCUCCGUUAUCUAACCUUGGAUUUAAUUGUGGGAAAUAUUAUACGCCCGAGUGCGUAUAUUUUACAACGUGUUGGUGUAUGGUUAAUUUGUUUUUUGGUUCUUUGUGUGUGUUUGGUGUUGAUGCCAAUCGGAGUUACACUGGUUUACUCUUGCAUAUUAACAGUUGCCCUUGCAACCUUGCCAUUGUUAAUUGUUUCACUUUUAAUCACACGGUUUUUUCAAUUCAUCAAGUAUGGUUAUGAUUAUAAAAAACUCACCAAUUUUAAGCAUCUGAUUCGUGGCUGGCUAUACAUAGAUGUAGCCAUGGUUUUGGUGGGUUUAUGGAUUUUUUUCCCAAUUGCUAAAUAUGUUCCUUCUUUAAAACAAGUGAUGGUUUUAGACUUACCGUUCACAAAAUGGGUUGAGAUAAUCACCAUUAUGUGUGGCUUUUACCUUAUUAGCUAUGUCAUAUAUUUAUUUACCCAUCAACUAACUCGGAUCAUUAAUGCUAGAUUAAGCCUUAAUGUUGCACAAGCUUGUUCAGAGAUUAUCGACGGUCUCAUUUUCUGGUGGGCGGAACAUGAGGUAAUAAAACGUGUUCCAACAUUUAAGCAGCAUGAAAUACUUGGAUUGCUCACCCGGAAGUGGAUCCGGGUAUCAAUCCUUGUCCUCAUUGGUUACAAUGUCAUUACUUUGUUUAUCCAUUUAACCGUGUUGUCACUUCGAAGCAUUUGCAAACAACGUGGUUCUCAGGAAGCAGCUCAUGGAGGGUUUUGGCAAAAUGUAUUAGGAAAACACUUGCAUACUAAAUACGUAGUGUAUUUUGCCAAUGGGAUGAAAUUGAGCAUCAGCUUCAUAAUGAGCUCACUAUUGCUUCUACUUUCUUGGCAACUGUACUUUGGCUCACGCCUAGACAUGAAGUUAGCCAAAGCCAAAAGUUUUUGGCAUUUUGGAUUAUGGACAUUUGUAAGUCUGUUGGUAUGCUCCUUUCUUUGGUUAAUCAAAACUUUUGUGUUACUAGCAUGGGAAGUUAAUACAGUGUAUCAUAGAUUGGAGCCUAGAAUCGUUGACAUAAGUCAACUAUUGUACUUUCUUGGCAUCCUUGGUUGCUCCAAACAUGAUAUUUUCAGAUUUCGACAUAAAAUUGCUGAAGGUUAUGAAGAUGAAACACCGGUAGGAACCAAAGGUGUUUUCUUAAGAAGUUAUAUUGGCGAUUCAAUAUCAAUAUUUUUCAGAUCUAUUUCAAAGGGGAGUAGCAAGAAACUGAUCGUAGAAAAGAAGGAAAUGGUCAAGAAUGACUUGCUGAUUCUGAAGGAGCAUCGUUAUCCGACCAUGGAUGAUUUACAACGGGCGAGUCAUUACUUCUUAAUGGCUAAAAAACAUCUGUUGAAGGAGACGUAUAUUUCCGACAUUCUGAAAACUUUUGAUCAAACUGGUGAUAAUAGGGAAAUUUUGAAGAAACUAAUUAUUGGCCAUCGUGAAGAACAAAACAAUAUUGAAGGGAAAUUACUGUUGAAAAUAUUCACCUUUAGUUCAAGAAAUAGCUGGUCUAUUCAUGAAGAAGAAGACGGAAAAGAGGAGCAAGAUCAUGUAGCACAGGACUCCAGUUCAAGUGAUGGCAAACAAAGCAAUAAUUGUGAGUGGGAACAUUUUGUUCGAUUGUUUCCGAGCAUCAGAACAGAACAUCCAAUUCCCUUAAGUGAAAUUCAAACUUGGGUGGAGAGGGCACACAAUCAGUGUAUGUUCCUAGCCAAUACUCUAAGUAGUGCAGAUGAAGUUUCAGGCUGUUUGAACAAAAUUAUCAGUUGGCUUCUAAUAGGUGCGACUUUCAUAAUGUGGCUUCUUCUUACUGGAUUGGCUACGACACAAGUACUCGUCCUCGUUGCAUCACCGUUGCUGGCCGCAACUUUUGUAUUUGGAAACACUUGCAAAACUUUGUUCGAAGGAAUCCUUUUUGUGUACGUUGUUCAUCCCCUCGACGUUGGAGAUUUAUGUAUCAUUGAUAAGAAUAUGAUGGAGGUUACAGCAAUAGGUAUUUGGACAACUACUUUCUCAAAGGUUGAUAUAUGUGGCACGCAAGAGGUGGUGAUAUAUCCCAAUUUAGAGCUGGCCAACAGAGUCAUAAUCAAUCACAAAACCAAGUUUGAUUGGAGUGAUUGUGUAGAAUUCAAUAUGGGCUAUGUGAGGAAUACGAACAUCAACCUGCAGCAAGAGCUAAGUGAUUCUGUUAAUUGUGAGUUGGUCAAGAAAAAGUUUGACAUUCUGCCAAGUUCUCUUAACCUGACUGUCUCAGCAGUAGGGGGUAGCAUCAAGUUAGUCAUCCGUCUGAAAUACAAGUCCGACAAUACAACAAGUUGGACGUACUCCGAAUGUCUCCGGCGAAAGGAUCAACUACAAGCUGAUUUUUAUUUACUUAUGCAGGAUGUUAUUAGCAAAUUCAAGGCUGAUCAAAAGGGAAAUUAGACUAGGUCAAUUGGGGAUCAAAUACUUCUAUUGAGGUUGUUACGGGUCUAAACAUCAAAGCAUGGAUUCUUGUUCAAGGAUUAGUUUGUUCUUUGUUUCGAUGGAUGUUGCUUCACAUUUUCGUGUUCAAGGAUUAGUUUGUUCUUUGUAUAGAUGGAUGUUGCUUCACAUUUUCGUGGCUCCGAGAUUAUGUAACGAAUAUGCCCGGCUUGGUGCGCACACACGUACAUUGACAAGCAGCAGAAUAAGAUAGCUAGAGGAUAAUUAUUACCGUGUUACAUAUUUAGGAAUAAUUCGAGCCAACAAAUGUAGGGAAAUUAAAUUUGUCAUUGAUAUCUUAUCUAAUUGUGCAUGACUGGUUUACUUCAAUGGUUUUUCUGGA